ACCAUGGCUUGUACCGCGAAGGUAAAACGCGCGUAAAGUGGUACCGGACGAACCGAUUUGACGCGAUCGCACGGAGAAUGUCGAACGACCGACACUUAUACAUUCACUUGUAUUUUUUUUCAAAUGUGGCUAUCUUGUAGGACUCUCACCUAUAUUUGGCAAGGGUAUGGAAGUUCGGCUACUAGAUCUAUCCUGCUUAGAAGGAAAACCACAGAUAAAUCUUCCUGGAUCCUGUGAUAAAGAAAACCGACCUAUCAUUUUGAUAGUCAUACCCACAGAACCAACUUUAUCAGAUAUAACAGCACCACUACAGUACCUACUUUCCAUAUUUAGCGAUUCUACAAAAAAUAAGGGCCUCACAGUUUUGAUCGAUACAAGAAAAGCACCAUGGAAAUCUUACAAGACUUAUAUGAAACAGGUUACCGAAGUGCUCCAACCCAGUGAGAAGAACAGGGUUAUUGUAAUAAAACCUGAUGGAUUUUGGGAUAAGCAAAGAGUGGAGAAUUGCACUUCGACUCAGAAGGACCACGAGGUCAUCUUUAUCCCAAGAUCGCGGAUAAACAAGUUCGUGGACCAGUCACAGCUUCCUGUCGCAUUGGGCGGCACCGUCAAUUACGACCAUGAGAAAUGGAUCGAAAACAGACAGAAAGUGGAAGAAUUUUACAAAGAUGCCGAGGUGACCAUCAAGGAACUGCAGGAACUAUACCGGCAUGUUUUGAGAAGUAGGGCGCUUAGAGCUAGUCAAGUAGAGGAAGCUAUAAAUAUCAGUUCGGAUAUGUCGGAAGCCACUAAAAUGCUGGUACACAACGUUAUAGAAACAGGAAAGGAACUAGUUCAAAACAUAGAAUACGAAAACAGAACACGAAAACUAUCUAUAGAGAAUAUAGAUAAAAUUUUUACACCUCAAGACACUCUUGAUACGAUAGAGAAGAUACACAGGGUGGUGAACGACAUCAGGCACCAACAACAACUGAUAGAAUCUGCUUGGUCAGAUAUCGAAAAGAAUCUAGUCGAUACCAAAGAUUUGAGCGUCUUGAAGUCAGGCGUUGUCAAAGUGACUAAUUGGAUAUUAGGACCAGCUGAACAACUGCUAAAUGCUCAUCAAAAAGUUGGCUAUGACGUCGCCUCAGCUGAGGAACUCAGAAGAGAACAUGAAGCAAUAGAACUCGAAUGUUGGGAGGCUUAUGGUUCUUAUGCCGAAUUAUUGCAUAAAAUAAAUCUACUUUCAAAACUUGAUGACGAAAAUACAACUAUACAAUAUAAGGACUUGAUUUCUCAAAAGGAGUUUAUGGAUUUUGUUUGCAAAAGUUUUGCAUUAAGAUUAGAAAGAAGAAGGAACGUUCUGAUUACUUCUCUGAGAUUCUUCCGUUUAGUCUCAGAAUACUUCGACAAAACUGGGGAAGUAUUCGAUUCCCUGGUUAUGGGUAGUGACGUAAACGACUUCAAUGGAGCUUCGAGUAGAUUAAAGAAGCUUCAAGAAAGUCAAACAUAUUUAGAAUCUAUUGAGCAAGACUUAAGAAAGGAAGGUGAAAAAUUAUCGGAUAUGUUAUCCAUGCCGGUGAAGGAUGCCUUGGGCCAGGAGCUUAAUACGGAUUACAGUGAAGAUAUCGUUAAUAUUAGAGAUGUGUUGGAUGCCACUGUGGCGAGAAAAAAUAUUUUCAGUGACAGUGUUGAAUUGCAAAAAUUGACACUGCAACAAGUGACGCUAAUUGACACGUACGAAAGGGAUGUUGAACAGGCAGUUGCUUGGUUAGGGGAUAUCUUGAAAGUGAUGUUACGUGAUCAUGGCCAUGUUGGUUGCAGCGUGUACGAGAUACAGUCACAGAAGGAGGAACACCAGAUAUUCCAAAAAACUGCAAAAGAUACAUAUAAUUAUGGUUGUCAGCUAUUGAACGCUGCUCUAGUAUUGAGGCAUUCCUGCAAGUUACCAUUAGAUAGCCAUACAAGCUUAUACCAAACAUUAAAGAAUUACUGGGAACGAAUUAUCUACAUCAGUCAAGAGCAGAUGACUAGAUUGAGAGUAUCGGCAGUUUUUCACAGAUCAAUUGAAGAUCAGUGUAAUCAGCUGAGGGAUAUGAGAGAAGCUGUGGCUACAAUACCUCUGAUGAAUUUGAGUAAGAAGAGGUCUAGGGUUGAGCAGUAUUUUGAGGAAAGAGAAAAACUGAUGGUGGAAGUAGGAAGAAUGGUUAGGUUAGGGAAGUUGUUGAGGAGUAGACUGAAAGAACCUUUAUAUGAAGAAGAAUCUUUCUUCAUUCCUUCCACCCAACAACACACCACCGAAGAAGAAUUCCAGAUACUCUGUCAAAACUCAAUCCAAAACAAUGAAACUGCCAUAGAAGUCAUAUCGGAAAGACUGUCUGAAAUCACUCAGCUAUCGGAAGAGCUAGACAUAGCUUUGAAAAGUGCCCAGCAAGAUUGUAUUGUAUUUUCGACAACUUCUACGUCAACCUCGAACAUAUUCCCUGAAAUUAACAAUAAUUAUAUUUUGAGUCAUAAGAAAAGUGACAGUAUGGAUAAGAAUCCAGACCAAUAUCAGCGGUUCCUUAAACCUGAUGACCAAGUACGCUCAGACGAAGAAUUUCUCACUGCUUCCGACACGACUCUGCAACAUUCUCGUUCAUCUUCAUACAAUACUGCUUCUGAAUGCGAACAGCACUUCGCACCAUGGUGGCAAUAUGGAAAAGACGAAACCAGAGAGAAUAUUGCCAAAGAAAAAAUGGUUUUGGCUGUAGGAUGUCCUCCCGAAGGAGAGCUACCACCAGUCAGUGAGGUAUUGAAACCUUCACCAGAGGUACCGCCAGGCAAGAUAGUCAGAGAAGUGACAGAAACCACUCACAUCAAAGUACAACAACAACAUACUUUAGGAGUGAAAUCUUUCGUUCUUACUUCUGAGACAGUUCGAGAUAAAGAUGCUGAAGCUUCUACUACUAGAGAAGAGACUAUAAAGACAAGCGAUGGAUCAAGCUUUGUAACCGGAAGAGAACUGGCUGAUAUUGAUGAUGAGGAGCUGUUGAAGAGAAUGAAUGAGGUAGGUGUGCUUGAACAGGAUGGCGCUUGGAGCAACUACAGCAGCUAUAAGAGUGUUACUAAGCAGACAAUUAAAAACUUUAUGUUCAGUUAAAUUUUAUUUUUAUUUCUAUAGUAUUCUUUAAUCUCAUUAUUUGGAUUUUUCCGAUACACUACUACUAUUAGUGUUUACAAGAACAAUAAAAUUUUAUAAUUAAUUGAUCAAAUAAUUAAAAUUAUAUUUUCUCUUAAUUAAUUUAAAGUUAGUUCCCCUCAGAUGCACUAACUUUAUAUUAAUUAUAGAUAUAAAUUUUCUUUUAAUCAAAUUAAUUAAUCCUAUCUUUUUUUCAUACAUGAAAAGAAACUGUAUUUUUCUAGUUCAAGCAUUCUUGUAUGUACUAUAUGAUCAAAAAAAUAUUAUUUUAUUACUUAGACUUUAUUUUAUUUAUUUUUGAACAAAGUGAAGUUACAUUUUU